AUGUUUCUUCCCAAAAAGCACUUGAAUUAUGUCAACCAUGAGAGUCAGGGACAAAUGCCGAGGCAAUGGCUGCCAUCUAUCCAAGAAAUAUUUGGAGAGACUUCUCUGGCGAUUCCGCCAGGACCAUCAUGUGCACUGCCUUAUCACACCAGGCAUGCCGCUCCACCGCCUUUGCCGGCUGUGUAUGAAAUUGACCAUUCAAACGAAGGGGCUCCGUCAAAUGAGCAAGGACUAUUAUUCAAAAUUCCAACAGUGGAGGGAUCUUUGGGCAUUAUCUCACCCAUCAAUGAGCUCCAGCAUCCUGUGGUCAUACGCCCGGAAAAUCCAUCCUUCCCUCCGAACGGUCGUUCGCGUAACGAAGGAUGUCGCCUUCCAAAGCACACGGAGCUAUCUAUACCUCAACCGGGUUCAUUGUCAUGCGAUCCCAUAGAUUUAGCACAGCCUUCCUUUGCCGAACCUCCAAAUAUGUUCCAUGAAAUUCCCAUCAGGAAAAUACCAAACGCGAUACCGCCUCAACCAGAGCAGUUAUGUCAGCCGGGAAAGCAAACACCAAGCUCUCUUGAUUUCACUCUGUCUUUUAAGCUGAUCGAGACAGUCAGCGCACGCGCCUUGGCGUUAGUGCGGUAUCACUCUGCAAUGAGUCAGUCAAACAACCAUCAAAAAUCCCUCCCUGGACCAUCCAUCACCGAGAUAAAUGGCCUCCUCAGUCUGGAGCAGCAAAAGCAGGAUGCCUUGAUUCAUAUUAGGGAUGAACUUAUGCGCUUCAACCAAAACCAAGCCUUAGCGCAGCAGAAUACUCGGGUAGCCACAUGUAUGGCGGAUGAGGCUGACCGAGGUCUUUGCCCAUCAGUCACUAAACAGAGCAAGACCCAUAAAGUCUCUAAAAAAAAAAGAGAAUGGCACGAGGUAAGUCAGAUGAAGCCUUUCUUGGUCUUAACAAAUAGCAUUUUAUUAACUCAACUGAAGGAUAGUGCUCUUCGUUGUCAUAGCUGCAACCGCUCUGAAACACCAGAAUGGCGUCGUGGUCCGGACGGCUCCCGAACUCUUUGUAACGCAUGUGGUCUACAUUAUGCAAAAUUGUCUCGACGAACGGGCAAAUUUGUGGCGUCGGGCGAUAUCGGCACUAGGGGAAAAACAUAG